AUGUUAGAUCAAACUAUAAGGGACUUGCAAAACAAGUUCAAGAUAAAAGACCUAGGUGAGCUCAAAUUCUUUCUGGGAAUUGAGUUUGCUAGGUAUGAGAAGGGCAUAGUGAUGAAUCAAAGAAAAUAUGCUUUAGAGUUCAUUUCUGAAUCAGGACUGAGCGGAGCUAAACCUGUAGGAACUCCACUAGAGUUGAAUCAAAAAAUGACUUCUGUGGAUUAUGAUACUUGGCUGCAAAGUGACAAUGCAGCUACAGAUGAAAAGCUGAAGGAUCCUAGUAUCUAUCAGAGGUUGAUGGGUAGACUUCUAUACCUCACCAUGACUAGACCUGGCCUGGAAUUUGCAGUCCAAUUUUUUAGCCAAUAUAUGCACUGCCCCAAAACAUCUCACUUAGAAGUUUCCCUCAGAGUGGGGGCCUGUGUGGAUCCAAGAAGGUCUGUUAUAGGUUAUCUAGUGAAGUUAGGUGGUGCUCUUAUCUCCUGGAAAUCAAAGAAGCAGGAAACUGUCUCCAGGAGCUCAGUUGAGGCUGAAUUUAGAAGCAUGGCCUCAUGCACUGCCGAGAUUACUUGGCUUGUGGGGUUGUUCAAAGAGCUUGGAAUUUGUGUGGAUUUACGUGUUCAGUUGAUGUGUGACAGCAAAGCUGCAAUACAAAUUGCAUCAAAUUAA